AUGGCAGAAUCGUCUUCAACUAUCAAGAUUGCGGUCAUUGGUGGGGGCUUGGCGGGUGCCUCCAUCGCGAAUGCUCUCCUUAGAUAUGCCCACCUCGAAGUUCAUGUCUAUGAGUCGGCACCCGAGUUCUCUGAACGCGGUGCAGCUAUCGGACUCUCUGGUGAUGCGCAAAGGGCUCUACAGAAAGUGGUCGGGGUGUCAGAGGCUAGUGCAAUGCUUCAGAGGCCGGGUGCGGUACUUCAAGCAUCGACGCGAACCUGCAUUGGGUCAGGCACGCACGCAGAAGCUGUGAUUGUGGACCUUGGCGAUGACCCAGAGGGCAGCACCAGAGUAGUGCAUCGGGCUUCGCUUCUUCGCGAACUCCUUACGCCCCUCCCCGCUAAGCGGCUUCACACAAGGAAGGCACUAUCUGAAAUCACUGGUACUGCUGCUGGUGAUGUUCAGGUCACUUUCUGUGAUGGACAGAAUGAGACUUUCCACGCGGUGAUUGGUGCGGAUGGAAUUUUCGGCGCUGUGAGACGUUACGUUUUGCAAGAAAGUGCUGAUGAUGAUGGGCCGUUUCCUGCUGGCUGCUGGGACUGCAGGAACGUGGUUCCCAUCAAUAAGGCGAGAGACACCCUUGGUGCCCAAUACUUUGAGCAAGAUCGACAAUACGGAUGGGUGGGAAAUAGGGCCUUUGUUAUGCAUGAUGUUCUUGAGAACAGGACGAAAGUUCAAUGUGUGAUAUCGACUAUCGAGAAGGACCCACCAAAAGACCGUAGGCGGCCUUUGACACGAGAAUUUAUGGAAGAGACUUUGCUCGACUGGAUGGAUGGACCUGUUGGCAAAGGAAUAAUCGAUAGAAGAUUCUCUGACCUUUUCAAAUGGUCGAGUAUGUAUUGUUGGCGACGCGCCCAUGCCACUAACCCGUGGCAAGGUGCCGGAACUGGCCAGGCUUUUGAGGAUGCUAUCAUUCUUGUCACACUACUCGGGGAGACCAAGGUCUCCUCUGAGAUUUCCCGCGCUUUCCAGGCCUAUGGAACGGGGCUGAUUCUCUGUGGACAAGACGCUGGCUUGGAUCCAGACAAGAUAAGAGACCUCUUGGCUCCUAGAUGGGGAUUAAUUGCCGGCAUAGACUUGGCUGCAUACAAAGAGGAAGCACUGCAAAAAAUGAAGGCACUUCGAGAGGUUUGA